AUGGCGCUUCCUCCAUCGCUGCAAGCUCUUUCGAUUGGCUCGCUCACCGCGCCCAACACGCUUGAGCUCUUCCUCGACUAUCUGUGCCCCUUUUCGGCCAAGCAGCUCAAGGGUGUCAAUGAGUACUUGUUGCCACUCGUCAUCGGCGACUCUGCUCAGUACAAGGACAAGGUCCGAAUCGUCAUUCGGCCCUAUCCUCAGCCGUGGCACUCGAGCUCAACCCUGCUGCACGAAUCGGCGCUUGCUGUAGCCAAGAUUGCGCUCACGGAUCCUGCUGUGACUGCUGUGCCCGAACGCAAUGCAUUCUGGCUCUAUUCAUUGGAACUCAUGAAGGAGCAGGAGCGCUUCUUUGACGGCCCUGCUAGAGGAAAGUCGCCAGACGGAAUCCGGGGCGAAUUGGCCACAUUGGCGAUCGAAACCGUCGGCGAAGCUCCCAAGAAGCGUAAGCAGCCCGCGAUCCAUCGAGACUUGCAAAACACCCCUCUAGGCCAGUCUGUGAAAAACCUCAUUCGCGUCGAAAAGGAAGGCAAUGGCGGAAGUGCCGUAGUCCCCGAACUCAAAUACUGCGUCAAGCUCGGUCGUCAGAACGGAAUCCAUGUCACACCAACUUGUCUCUGGAACGGUCUCGUAGAAGCUAGCAUCUCGUCUUCCUUUGACCAGGCGGCGUGGAAGGAAUUCCUCGAAAAACAGCUUGCCUGA